GGAGAUUUGGAGAAAAUCAUCAAGAAAAUUGCAAAGCUGUUGCUGUUGUCGAAAUUCUAUUGCUCAAGAUGGCACCGUUUGUUCCCUACCACUCUAGUGCAGGGCAGUCUACCAUAGUCAAUUUUGGAGGGCUGCUCACAACCGAGUUUCUUGAACCUCCCCCAGGACGAUGCUUUCUUUUUCGCCAAACAUACCGCCAUAAUGUGGAGGGCCCGAUUCCUGAGAACCUGAGAAAGCUGAUCGAUAGCCCACACAGGCCGAAAGGGCCACCCCCUCACUUUCACCAAUUCCAAACUGAGUACUUUCGUGUCGAAUCGGGCAUUAUGGGAAUUUCCGUCGACGGUAAACAAAGAGUCGUCACUGCAGAAGAUGGUGAAGUUUCAGUAAAAGCAGGAAGCAUUCACAACUUCUUCAUACACCCCACUUCUCCUGAGAAGAUGACAGUCUAUUUGAGUGCUUCGGAUUCAGGCAUGGAUUUCCAGCUAGAUCGUAUCUUCUUCGAAAAUUGGUAUGGCUAUUGGCAUGAUGCUCUUCUGCACGGCGGAGGACUGGAUUGGAUUCAAUUUCUUGCAAUACAGGAUGGUGGCGAUGCUUAUACGCCAGCGCCAGCAUGGGUACCUUUUCGCCGACAAGUUGGGUAUUGGACUUGUGUGGUGAUUGGACGAUGGAUUGGGGGGCUCUUAGGCUACAAGCCUUUCUUUCGCGAGUACACAACCGAUUGGGACUUUGCAGUCGCUAAGAUGAAAGGUUCGUUCUUCCAAAGACACCUCAUUAAUGAGGCGUAUGUUUCAGAGCGAUCAUGGGCACGACAAGAGCAAUUGGAGGCCUCUUCCAAGCCCGAAAACGCUGAAUUUGAGCUUUGGACAACAGACAUUGACCCAAGACCGCUCGAUCUCGGUCCUGUAGGCUACGAGAAAGGUUCUUGGAACGCAAAGAACGACCUUAAAAAAGAUACGGGACUGGUCAAAAGAAAAACUAAUGGCGUGAAUGGUUUUGCAGCCGAGACAUAGAUUAGAGACUGGUUGGGAGAAAGCGGACACGAAUAGAUUUGGUCUCAAAGCCUCAUGAUCUCUGGAUCUUUCGAUUUCUUGAUGUUAUGGUCAUAUAACUGCAUUGGUAGUUGUUGACCUCUGCCAUGUCGUGUAGUGCAGAGGCACAGAGCAUAACCCUCGAUCGAAUCACCAUGGAAGAUCACGGCUCACAUCGAGCAGGAACGUGUUUGGGAGAGUUGAUGGAGGUUUAUUCCAUGCUUAGGAC